CCAGAUAUCACACAGACACAGAGUAGUCACGAUGGACAGAGCUAAGCUUCACGCUGUAGCUGCAGUUUUAUACCUGAUGAUGAUAGUGAAGCUUCAUGCCGUAGAGGAUAAAGAAAACGACACAUAUACGUGUAUUCUGAAGUAAAAGGAGAACGCUAAACGCGUUCGGUCGGAAGUGAUAAAUGAGUUGAAGGAAGAGAUAAAAGAGGAAUUCAAGAAUGAGUUCAAACAACUUGAGCUCCCCAAGAAGGAGAUUCUUCUGGAGAGGGCACGCCAGCGGGUGAUGGAGGAGAAGGUUGAUGUGUCCUAUGUGGGAGUUCAGAAACUCGAGGCUGCUCUCUCACAAUGCGCUGUGAUUUCAACAAUCCCCAUCACAGCCGCAAACACAACAACCUCCACCACCACCGCCACCACCACCACUAUGACGACUACAGAAAAUCCAAAGGUGUGUGCUGCUGGCUUUAUAAAAUUUGAAGACCACUGUUACAUACUGGAGCUGGACAAAACCAGUUGGGGUACUGCAAGAAGUAGAUGCCGUGAGCUUGGUGCUGAUCUCGUCUCUAUCAAUACGGAAGCUGAGAACGACUUUCUGCUGGAGAAAGUAAAGGAAUACUUCCCGCCUAGCCAGCAGAAUUCUGAAUAUUUCUGGAUGGGGAUGUUGUAUGCAAGCAGAAAAUACGUGUGGGCUGACGGCACAGAUGUUGGCUUCACUGACUUCCAGUCAGGGGAACCGAACUGUAUGAAAGAUGGCACAUGUAAAGCAUUUAUUACUACGUACAGGUCAUCUUACGAGUGGGAGGAUGCACAAAGUACCUAUGACUUCUUCUACAUAUGCGAGAAAGAUGCGUUUUAGGGACAAGAUUACUCCCUCAAAAGGGCGAAUUGGUCUAUAAAGCCAAAAGAAAUAAACUAAUUUGAUAACCGUAUUCCUUUUUCUCUGUCCGUAUUACUUCUUUAGAUAAUAUACUCAGCAGCUCUAGUGCAUUAGCACUAUAUUGUAAUCUGUAAGUUAAAACGUACGGAGUUACGUCCCUUUAUCCAUCUAUGGAGACGUAUAGAGUUACGUCCCUUAGUUCACUCUUGCUCCUGUGACCGCGUCUCUCGAGCUGCGUGCGUUGUGUACGGUCCUGAAUAAAAUCGUUUGAGAACACA